AUAAAUAAAUUCAGGGCAUUUAUAUAAUUUAAAUAUACCGCCAACUGUGUAGUUAAAUUUAUUUAUGAACACAUUGUGUAUAAUAUUCGGCUUAUUUUUGAACACCAGCGGUGUAAUCAUUCGUGCCGAAUCCGAAUUGCUGACGUUGAAAACUGUGAUUGAGGUGAUGAUGAUUUUGGUUAGGAUAUUUUGAUGCAUUAUUCGUAUUUUUACCUGUGUAUUAUCUGUAUUAAAACAUAAUAAUGCAUACAGUUUUUACGCGUGGUAAUGCUAUUUUAGCAUAUACAUUGAGUGUUGCAGCGUGUCUAACGUUUUGUUGUUUUCUAUCUACCGUAUUUAUUGAUUAUAGAGCAAAUGCAACAUUAAAUACUGUUAUAGUAGCUGUAAAAAAUGUACCAGAUUACAGUGCUUCAAGAGAAAAGAAUGAUCUGGGAUAUUUAACAUUCGACUUACAAACUGAUCUAACCCCGUUGUUCAAUUGGAAUGUUAAACAGCUAUUUUUAUAUCUCACAGCUGAAUAUCAAACAGAAAAUAAUGAUUUUAAUCAGGUUGUAUUAUGGGAUAAAAUAGUACUUCGUGGAGAUAAUGCUGUACUUGACUUUAAAAAUAUAUACACAAAGUAUUAUUUCUGGGAUGAUGGUAAUGGCUUAAGGGGAAACAAAAAUGUAACGUUAACGUUAUCUUGGAACAUUAUACCGAACGCUGGAAUUUUACCAAGCGUCAAUGCCCUUGGUUCUCAUACGUUUGCAUUUCCAUCUGAAUAUACCUCAUUACGUGUAUAACAUACAUUUGCAUAUGUGAUACAUUUAUAUUCGUUGUUUUAUAAAGUUUUUAAUUAUUCUACAUAAAGUCAAUGUAUAAUAAAUGUAACAUUAUUUUCAUGUGUCGUGAUUAAAUGUUAGAUCAUUGUUUUUUCUA